CAGAGAACUGCCGUUGCCGCCAUUGACACGCACAGAUAAAACCCAAAGAAAGGCAAAGAGUCCUGCCCGGCACCGGCGCCGCGCGGGCCGAACCUGCGCCCGGGGAGGGGCGCGCAGAGGGCAGCGGGCGCGCGGAGCAGGCGGCGCAGCACCAGCACUGUGUUCUUACCAGGAGGGCCGCGUGUCAGCAAGCUGAGAGAGAAAGUGAGGCACGAUGUCGGGCCGGAGUGGAAAGAAGAAAAUGUCCAAGCUGUCCCGUUCAGCCAGGGCGGGAGUCAUUUUCCCCGUCGGGAGGCUGAUGCGCUACCUGAAGAAAGGGACUUUCAAGUACCGGAUUAGCGUGGGAGCACCCGUCUAUAUGGCCGCCGUCAUCGAGUACCUGGCAGCGGAGAUCUUGGAGCUGGCCGGGAACGCAGCAAGGGACAACAAGAAGGCCAGGAUAGCACCGAGACACAUCCUACUGGCCGUGGCCAAUGAUGAGGAGCUCAACCAGCUGCUGAAGGGGGUAACCAUUGCCAGUGGAGGGGUCCUGCCCAGAAUUCACCCCGAACUGCUGGCCAAAAAGCGAGGGACCAAAGGCAAGUCGGAAACCAUCCUCUCCCCACCCCCAGAGAAAAGAGGAAGGAAGGCCUCGUCUGGCAAGAAGGGCGGCAAGAAAUCCAAGGCCGCCAAACCACGCACGUCCAAAAAGUCCAAACCAAAGGACAGUGAUAAAGAAGGAACUUCAAAUUCCACGUCAGAGGAUGGGCCCGGGGAUGGGUUCACCAUCUUGUCCUCUAAGAGCCUCGUCCUGGGACAGAAGCUGUCCCUGACCCAGAGCGACAUCAGCCAUAUCGGUUCCAUGAGAGUGGAGGGCAUCGUCCACCCUACCACAGCCGAAAUCGACCUCAAGGAAGAGAUAGGUAAAGCCUUGGAAAAGGCUGGGGGAAAAGAGUUCUUGGAAACAGUAAAGGAGCUUCGCAAAUCCCAGGGCCCUCUGGAAGUGGCUGAAGCUGCCGUGAGCCAGUCCAGUGGACUCGCAGCCAAGUUUGUCAUCCACUGUCACAUCCCGCAGUGGGGCUCCGACAAGUGUGAAGAACAGCUAGAAGAGACCAUCAAAAACUGCCUGUCAGCCGCCGAGGACAAAAAGCUCAAGUCCGUGGCAUUCCCACCUUUCCCCAGUGGCAGAAACUGCUUCCCCAAACAGACGGCAGCCCAGGUGACCCUGAAGGCCAUCUCGGCUCACUUCGAUGACUCGGGCGCUUCCUCGCUCAAGAACGUGUACUUCCUGCUGUUUGACAGCGAGAGCAUCGGCAUCUACGUGCAGGAGAUGGCUAAGCUUGAUGCCAAGUAGCCGGGUGGCUGCCAGAGCUGGGCAGUACCAGGAGGCCUGAGGGUGCCAGAGCAGGGGGUUAUUUUUUAAAAGGGAGAGGGGAAGGGUGCCGG